AUGUCGUCCACCCUAUCAAGCACAUCAGAGACCACUGUGGCUAGUAGAACAACAAAGAGGCAUAGUACGUUUGAAUCGUCUUUAGCCACCUCUACAACACCAAGUGCCACAAGCACAAUCCUUGGCACGUCGGAAGGUCAUACCACCCUAUCGCAGACCACCUGGUAUCCGUCCACGGCCACAACAUACGGCAUCAAAACAACCACAAGCAGCCAAGGAACGUCAGUGCCAAGGACCACGCUUGCCGAAUCUACAUCGGCAGACCAAAGUAGCACCACGCAAAGAACCACCUUCCGCACAGUGCCUUCGUCUGUAGCCACGUCUACAACACCAAGUGCCACAAGCACAAUCCUUGGCACGUCGGAAGGUCAUACCACACUAUCGCAGACCACGUGGUAUCCGUCCACGGCCACAACAUACGGCAUCAAAACGACCACAAGCAGCCAAGGAACGUCAGUGCCAACGACAACGCUUGCCGAAUCUACAUCGGCAGACCAAAGUAGCACCACGCAAAGAACCACCUUCCGCACAGUGCCAGCAACCACUGAGCGAAGCACUGCUACAUCAACUCUGCUUGAGACCACAGUGGCUAGUACAACUACAGAGCAGACAAGCACAAUUGGCUUGUCUUCCACAGCAUCUUCGACAGAACCUGCUCGAAGUACUCUUGUCAGUUCUUCUGAAGGGUUUUCAACUGGACAGUCCACAGAAUAUUCUUCAGCAGGCACCACCCUUGAACCAAGCUCCACCACUAGCAGAUCAACAACGUCAGUCCAUUCGACAGCGUUUUCAGAAUCUACACCGGUGGACCAAGGCACGACGGCACAAAGAACCACAGUUCCUACACUGCCGGUAACGACAGAACAAAGCACCUUGACCUCAACCUUGGUAGAGACCACAGCAAUCGCAACCAUUGAACCGACCACGGAUGAGGAACUACUGACAUCUUCUGUGGCAACUUCAGUUCCGACCACAACAUUUAUGGAAUCGACACUACCAGAUCAAAGUACGAACGGCCAAAGAACUACACUUACUACAGUGAAUCCAAGCACAGAGCAGACUACUGAUGAAGAGACAACGGUGCCUCCUACGACAAUCAGCACUUCGAGAACUACAAUUCCGACCACAACAUUUAUUGAAUGGACACCGUCAGACGAAGAGCAAAGCACUCUGAUCUCCACAUUGGCUGAGACCACCGUGGCAAGUACAACAACGGAGAGGCCUACUACGUUUGAAUCAUCUCUAGCCACGUCUACAACACCAAGUGCCGAAAGCACAAUCCUGGCACAGCAAAGCACUCUGAUCUCCACAUUGGCUGAGACCACCGUGGCAAGUACAACAACGGAGAGGCCUACUACGUUUGAAUCAUCUCUAGCCACGUCUACAACACCAAGUGCCACAAGCACAAUCCUUGGCACGUCGGAAGGUCAUACUACCGUAUCAGAGACCACGUGGUAUCCUUCCACGGGCACAACAUACGGCAUCCAAACGACCACUAGCAGCCAGGAACUUCAGAGCCAACGACAACAGCAAAGCACUCUGAUCUCCACAUUGGCUGAGACCACCGUGGCAAGUACAACAACGGAGAGGCCUACUACGUUUGAAUCAUCUCUAGCCACGUCUACAACACCAAGUUCCGAAAGCACAAUCCUUGGCACGUCGGAAGAGCAAAGCACUCUGAUCUCCACAUUGGCUGAGACCACCGUGGCAAGUACAACAACGGAGAGGCCUACUACGUUUGAAUCAUCUCUAGCCACGUCUACAACACCAAGUGCCACAAGCACAAUCCUUGGCACGUCGGAAGAGCAAAGCACUCUGAUCUCCACAUUGGCUGAGACCACCGUGGCAAGUACAACAACGGAGAGGCCUACUACGUUUGAAUCAUCUCUAGCCACGUCUACAACACCAAGUGCCACAAGCACAAUCCUUGGCACGUCGGAAGAGCAAAGCACUCUGAUCUCCACAUUGGCUGAGACCACCGUGGCAAGUACAACAACGGAGAGGCCUACUACGUUUGAAUCAUCUCUAGCCACGUCUACAACACCAAGUGCCACAAGCACAAUCCUUGGCACGUCGGAAGAGCAAAGCACUCUGAUCUCCACAUUAGCUGAGACCACCGUGGCAAGUACAACAACGGAGAGGCCUACUACGUUUGAAUCAUCUCUAGCCACGUCUACAACACCAAGUGCAACAAGCGAAAUCCUUGGCACGUCGGAAGAGCAAAGCACUCUGAUCUCCACAUUGGCUGAGACCACCGUGGCAAGUACAACAACGGAGAGGCCUACUACGUUUGAAUCAUCUCUAGCCACGUCUACAACACCAAGUGCCACAAGCACAAUCCUUGGCACGUCGGAAGAGCAAAGCACUCUGAUCUCCACAUUGGCUGAGACCACCGUGGCAAGUACAACAACGGAGAGGCCUACUACGUUUGAAUCAUCUCUAGCCACGUCUACAACACCAAGUGCCACAAGCACAAUCCUUGGCACGUCGGAAGGUCAUACUACCGUAUCAGAGACCACGUGGUAUCCUUCCACGGGCACAACAUACGGCAUCCAAACGACCACUAGCAGCCAAGGAACUUCAGAGCCAAUGACAACGCUUGCCGAAUCUACAUCGGCAGAUCAAAAGCAAAGCACUCUGAUCUCCACAUUGGCUGAGACCACCGUGGCAAGUACAACAACGGAGAGGCCUACUACGUUUGAAUCAUCUCUAGCCACGUCUACAACACCAAGUGCCACAAGCACAAUCCUUGGCACGUCGGAAGAGCAAAGCACUCUGAUCUCCACAUUGGCUGAGACCACCGUGGCAAGUACAACAACGGAGAGGCCUACUACGUUUGAACCAUCUUUCGCCACGUCUACAACACCACGUGCCACAAGCACAAUCCUUGGCACGUCGGAAGAGCAAAGCACUCUGAUCUCCACAUUGGCUGAGACCACCGUGGCAAGUACAACAACGGAGAGGCCUACUACGUUUGAAUCAUCUCUAGCCACGUCUACAACACCAAGUGCCACAAGCACAAUCCUUGGCACGUCGGAAGAGCAAAGCACUCUGAUCUCCACAUUGGCUGAGACCACCGUGGCAAGUACAACAACGGAGAGGCCUACUACGUUUGAAUCAUCUCUAGCCACGUCUACAACACCAAGUGCCACAAGCACAAUCCUUGGCACGUCGGAAGAGCAAAGCACUCUGAUCUCCACAUUGGCUGAGACCACCGUGGCAAGUACAACAACGGAGAGGCCUACUACGUUUGAAUCAUCUCUAGCCACGUCUACAACACCAAGUGCCACAAGCACAAUCCUUGGCACGUCGGAAGGUCAUACUACCGUAUCAGAGACCACGUGGUGGGCCAGAGUACGACGACACAAAUAA